UACCAUGAUUCCUAGCAACCACUGAACUGAAUAGUUAAAUAGUGAGUUUAACCUGUUCCAUUUGAACCUCCGGAAACCAUGAGCAAGAAAUGCUUUCUGUGCAAGAGCAGCGAGGACAACGAGCUGCUGUUCGGGAAAUUUUACUCCAAAUGGAAGCUGACCGUUCAUUACUAUUGCCUGCUCCUAUCCUCAAAUCUGGUGCAGAGAGGCAGCAAUGACACGGUUGGAAUUUUCGGCUUUUUAGAAUCGGACAUCCGUAAGGAGAACGAGAGGACAAAGAAAUGCCGCUGUUAUAUCUGCAAGGAUAUGCAUGCAAACGUAUCUUGCUGUUCGAAGAAAUGUUUACGAACAUUUCAUACCGCGUGUGGCAUCAUGAACGGUUGUUUGUCCCACUAUACGGACACAUACCAGUCGUGGUGCUCUGCGCACGUACCACUCGAGCCGGACAGCAGUCCGCACACAAAUGUAGAACCGUGCUCGAUAUGCUACGAUGAGAUGGGCCAGUACGAUGUGAUCACUUCCAUAAAGGCUCCGUGCUGCCGAAACGGAUGGUUUCAUCAAGGCUGCGUCGCACAGUACGCCCAAUCGGCUGGAUAUUUCUUCAAGUGUCCGCUGUGCAAAAAUGAGGACAAAUUCUUGGCGGAGAUUCCAUUGCGCGGCGUGUUUGUGCCUGAGCGUGAUGCUGCCUGGGAGCUGGAACCGAAUGCAUUUCAGGAGCAGUUGCAGCGGCCUACGGAUUGCGAUGCGAAUGAAUGCAAGUGCCAGGAAGGACGAAGUGUAAACAACCGUCAAUGGCGACUGAUAGCUUGUGGAUCUUGUGGUUCGACUUGCCGACACUGGCAGUGCAUGGAUCAGAUGGUCGAUAGCCCUAGAGUCUACCUUUGCCAGUUCUGUCGGCCGAUAAUCGGAGACCGCGUGAAAGUGCUGGAGAAUAUCGACGACAGUGAUGAUAGCAGCGACGACGAUGCAGUUUCUAAAUCUACGUCCACGUCACUGGACAUAACGUUGUCGGACCGGGCAAGAAGAAAUCUUUCCAGUGCAGGUUAUGAGGAGUCAGGUGCAUACAAUUCGAGCAGCGAUGAAACGCUAGGCAACAUCCGACGCGCAGUCAAUUCAAGAAGAGCCGUAUUGAACGAUUCGGAUGAUGAGCGAUCUGAUGGGAGCUCCGUUGAAAUCAGGCGAUGUAUCCGACAAAACACGGGCAAGCGUGUGCGUCGUUUGCUGUCUGAUGAAUCGGAGGAUGAGAAAAGCCCUAUUCCAUCGCCUUCUGAUGAUCUGUUAAGACCGGAUGCCUGUAAACGGUUGGAAGGUGGAAAUUUAGAAGCAACCUGUGCGCUUGAUUACCCAUCACCGGCAGUAGAGACGGGUGAAAAUUCUUGUUCAUCUAGUAGAUCGAUGACUGCAAGAAGAAAAACAAGACAGCUAACAAGAAGGCUAUCGUCGCUAAGCGAUUCCAGUAAACGCUCGACAAGCGAUAGCAACAAGGAUGAACGUGAACUCAAAAGUUCGUCGUCACGUCGACCCAUAAUUUAUUCUUCAUCUGACGAUUCGGAAAAACAAUCGGAAGGUGAAACACAUAAUUCUCACAAGACCGAUGAUUUCUCGGCGGGCAAGGAACGCUACGCUACUCGCCAACAAGACAACCAUCCGCCACCCUCAGCAAAAAACCGCAAACAUAGACCUUCCUCUUCAUCGGAUGAUUUCGAAAAUAGAUCGAAAAACAAAACAAACAAGUUGCAUGUGCUCGAUGGUCCGUUGAUAUGUGCAGAGCACCAAACUACAUCCUCACGGACCAACAAAGCGUGCCUCCCUUCAACCAAGAGAAAAGAUGCAUCAACAUUAGCCAGCCGUACCACAGAAACAAUGGAAGAUACCAAAAGCGCACAGGGAACGAAUAGUUCUGGCAAUCAGGAAAUUUCAAAACGGUGGGACGAAAAUUCAAACAUGACCAGUACGGUAUUAGCGGGCGAGGGUCGAUCAUCAUCGGUAAGUGAGAAGAGUGAAAAUGCAAACGCGUCCGAUACGUCGCUGGAAAACGUAACAGUUGCAACCAGGCGCACAAGACAACUAACCAAAAGGCUGUCGCUGGGUGAAGCCGGAAAACGUUCCACCAGUGAGAGUAGCAUGGACAUAAUAAGGUCCAAACGCACACGCGCAGCGCGAAUCUCAACCCUUCCCAAAGAUUCAGACAAACGAACGAAAGAUUCCGAAAAUGGAUCCACUGAUAACCAAGAUUUUGCACCACAGAACAAACGACGCCGAAUCCGGGAACAGCGCAACAAGGCGAAUCCGAGCGCUACUACUACGAAACGUCACCAGACACCAUCGAUCAGCCCACCAAGUACACCAUCAUCACUUGCCUCGGAUUCAUCGCAACCGUCGGUUGCAAGUAAUGGCAAUGGGAACAAAUCCCGCACCAUUGAGAAUGGAAAGCAAACUGGUAGCGGUACGUUAAAUCUGCAGCAGCAAUCAAUGAUACAGUUUCUCACAUUUGCCAACCGCAACUCGGCCACAACUUCGAGCAGUAGCGAUCGGUCAACGGAGGAGAUAGUUUCACCAUCCCGCUGGUCACAAUUUGGAAGUAGCAACAAGAUUAAUAGCAAGAUUAGUCCUAUUAGUAACAAACGAGCUGCUACAACAACUAAGCGAAGGCGAACGCGUUCACCGAAAAAGUCCAACAAAGUCUGCUCGAACGAUAAGCAACAAACAGGAUCAUCACCAACAUCGAGCAAUGCAGCAUCGGCACAACAAGGCAUACAAAAAGGCCACACCGUACACAAGGAUAAAGGACAGAAGAACAUACUGAAUUACUUCAAUCGUUACUAAUAGUGAUUGUUGUUUGCAUUACCCGGCAAUCAUCCGAUGCGUGUACAAUAGUUUACUGGCGGUAUGGUAAUUGACCGUUAAUUCAAGGUUCAAGAAAUUGUGCAAUUACAAUCGACGCAGUAUAACUAUUUUUCAUAGUAGAUUUUAGUAGUUGUGUUGUUGUGUUUUAUGUUCUCAUCUCGCGUCUAUCGCGCGAAUUAUUGAGUGAUGCGCUAGAGUGACCACUGCGCCACCAAAUUGUAGCUAGCAAUAUCGUUUUCGAAUGAUUUUACUUUCGUUUGCAUUUUAAACCCUUGUACAAUUGUCCACUAUUACGCCAGGUUUGUUCUUUUUCGCAAAUUUUAAUGGAACUCUCCUUAAUUUCUAAAGAUUAAACUUAUACAGCGGGUUUAAAUGUUGAUUGUGAAAUCUAAAAAUAUAUGAAAAAUUUA